GUGGUUCAACAUUAGGGUUUUCCAAAGGUGAAUUUGAGGUGAAGAAGUAACACAAAUUCAAAAACAUAAAAACGGAGUCGUUUUAAUCAACAAUUUUUUUUUAUUAUGUUUUUUUUUUAACCACCAAUGGAACAUAUUAAUUAGUUAAAUUUCAUAUCUUCUCUGGUCCAUUUUCUCCAUUUGUACGGAGCAAGACGAUGGCUCAAGCUUUACUCAAAUUUCAGGUUUCUCCUUCUUCCCCAAUCCCAAAAACCCUAAUUCACUCUCACUCCCUCCAGAGCUUGAAGAAACCGAGCUUCAACUCACGACGAUGCCUCUUAAUCAAAUGGAUACGAUGCUCAGCUUCCUCAGGCGGCGGCAAUACCUUAAGAACUUGUAAGAAUUGCAAAACGCAAUUCAAUCCUCUCCUCAAUCACCCUCGCGCUUGCAGAUUCCACACUGCUCAUUUCGGAGGAGAGACGAAGAGGAAAUUUGAGAGCGUAUACUCUGGUGGAACAAUGGAUACACCAAAUUCUGGGAAAAUUUUACAAUAUUGGCAUUGUUGUGGAUCUGAAGAUCCUUUUGAUUCUGGAUGUACUGCUUCUCCACAUUCUACAUAUGACGAUUGAUGCAAGUUUACUCUAUAUGUGUAUUAUAUUAAUGGAAUUGUGAAGACGGAGAAGAAGAAGAAGAAAGGAAAAGAAUAUGCUGUGUAAAGUUAUGGAUUCAGGGCAAAGAAAAAGGACAUUUUAGUUUUCUUGCAGAGAAUCAGAAUCUUUUUUUUUUCUUGCAUCCUCGGAUUAAAAGUCUCCUUAAUCACAUUAUCUCCAUGUACACACAACAACAACUUUUGGGAGAAAAUUCUUCUCUCUCUCUCUCUGACUUUGCUUCUCAAGUUUCUGUUAGUUUUUCUUGUCGUCCAUUGAUUCUUGCCUAUGAUCUUGGUUUUGGUUAAUGUUUCUUUGUUCAUUUUGUGAUAAUUAAAGACGUUAGCUUUAUCUUAUGAUCUUGUUGCAGUCUUAUCUUUCUGACAUUUGAUUUUAGCCCUUAUUCUAUAUAUCAAUCAAGCUUUGUUUUUUGUGUGUGGUGGUAAGCAUUAGGAUGGGAGAUCAUCUAGUAUUGGUGGUUGAUCGGUUAUCAACCAAUUCCGGUAUUGAGACGAUAAACCGAGCUGACUCGGUUAACAAAGACGGUGCAUCUGAAUCUGUAUCUGCAGAAACUGAUAUUUGUGAGAGUGCAUUCGUACAAUGUAGGAUUUGUCAUGACGAAGAUGAAGAUUCCAACAUGGAUACGCCUUGUUCUUGCUCUGGAACAUUAAAGUUUGCUCAUCAUAACUGCGUCCAGAGAUGGUGCAACGAAAAAGGCGAUACAGUAUGCGAAAUUUGCCGUCAGCAAUAUAAACCUGGUUACACAGCUCCCAAACAAUUGUUUCACUACACAGGCAUCUCUAUGAACUUCAGGAACGAUUGGGGAAUUGAGGGAUUAGAUCUUCGUAAUCCUUAUUUUCUAACCUGGGAUGCAGCUGAUGACUACGAGCUUUAUUCAUUUCAUAGCCCCACAAGCUUGAUUUGUUGCCGCGUAAUUGCAUUGCUAUUCAUCCUUCUACUGUUCUUGCGCCAUUUUCUUCCAGUCUUUUUAGGUGGAAAUGGAAUUGAUGAUUUCUCGUUGACUUUGUUUAUGAUACCAUUGUUGAAAACAUUGGGGAUCUUGUUGGUUGCAUAUUUCUUGGUCAAAUCAUUCAUUGGUAUACAACGUUGCAGGCAAGAGAGGGACACGAGACUCUCUGGUUUCUCUUCUGAUGAAGAAACUGCGCCCCCUCGGUUAUUGAUGGCAUUGCCCCAAGGACAUGAACCUAAUGUCCCUGUUCCCCUGAACCAAGAAGAUCAAUAACUUCUGCUUAUGUGGUUUGAUUUGUACGUAUUUGUUGGCAUGAACACACAUAAUGCAUAAGCUAUCUGACAGAUUAUGUGGAAUCUUCUUAAUUAAAAAAAAAAAUACUGAUUACAAUUUAUAAAUUAAAAACUAAAAAAAAGGAAAAAAAAAAAACUAACAAAAUUAAAAUCAUACUGAACAAUCCAUUCUUUUGAUCGAAUUUUCCUCCUGAUCAUUGCAAACUAAUUGUGGUUGAUUCACAUACUUCCA